CGGUGCCGCGUGACGGCUGCUGAUGCUGAGCAGCGGCAGGGAGGGGGAAAGGGAGAAGCCAUGAGCGGUUGCCCGCCCGUCGGAGGCCCUGCUGCAUCGCGGAGAGCAGUUGUACGGUUGUCGGACAUCUAGGAUAAUGGGGAGGAGGAGAGAAAGGAACCCAAAGAGGAUUUUAGACGAUAUCUGCGAGCCCACGACCGUUUCCCGAUGAAAGCACCCGAAGAGCUGUAGAAUUUGAUCUCAUGGCUAAGAAGGGGCGUCCCAAGGGCGAGAGGCCCGAAGCUCUCAUCUCUGCCCUGCAGGCAGCCAACGAAGAUCUCAGGUCCAAACUCACUGACAUCCAGAUUGAACUGCACCAGGAGAAAUGCAAGGUGAGCAAGCUGGAGCGCGAGAAGGCGCAGGAGAGCAAGCGAAUUCGCGAGCAGGAGCAGCACCGGCACACGGCGGCGCUGACCGAGCAACGGGCUCGCUGGCACGAGGAGAAGCAGAAGGAACUGCAAGCGCUGCGCGAGACGCUGGCGCGCCAGCACGAGCAGGAGCUCGCCCGUGCCGCCAAGCUCAAGGACGGCGAGAACCAGCGGCUGAAGGCGGCGCUCGACGCCCUGCGAGAAGGCAGCGGGGAGAAGGUGCGCACCGCCUUGGCCCUCGAGGCCCGAGAGGAGGCCCGCCGCUUCUUCGACCAGGAGCGCGUCCGCCUCCUGCAGGAGAUCGCCGAGCUCAAGGCCUGCAAGAAGCAGGCGGAUCAGGCGCUGAGCAACAUGAUCCAGGCGGACAAAACGAAGGCCGGGGACCUGCGCACCGAGCACCAGAUGCACCAGGAGCAGAUCUCCAAAAUCAAGUGGGACUGUGAGCGCGAUAUCCGUAGACUGAUGGAUGAGAUCAAGGCGAAGGACCGCACCAUAUUUUCCCUGGAGAGGGAGCUGGAGACGGCCAUGGGCUCCGUGCAGAAGUUGCAGCUGCAGAAGGACGCGCUGGACGAACAACUCUUCCUGGCCAAGGAGGCCGAGUGUAACCUGGGCAGCCCUAAGAGGGAGAUCCCGGGCCGGGCCGGGGACGGGGCAGAGCAGGGCGGCAGCCCGGACAUGCGUAAGAACCGGAGGCGCUUGGCCGAGCUGAACGCCACCAUCCGUAAGCUGGAGGACCGCAACGCGCUGCUGGGGGAUGAGCGCAACGAGCUGCUGAAGCGGGUGCGGGAGACCGAGAAGCAGAUCAGGCCCCUUCUGGAGAAGAACAGGUUGCUUUCCAAGAGGAAUGAUGAGCUCAUGCAGUCCGUACAGCGGCAGGAGGACAAGCUCCGGAGCCUCACCAAGGAGAACCUGGAGAUGAAAGAGAAGAUCAGCUCCCAUCCUCCUCUGAAAAAGCUCAAGUCCCUGAAUGAUCUGGACCAGGCACAUGAUGAACAAGAGAUCGAAUUCCUGAAGUUGCAGGUUCUGGAACAGCAGAACAUCAUAGAUGAUUUGACCAGGGACAGAGAAAGACUACGCAGGAAGCGGCAUAAACGAAGCUCUAGGCCGAUAAAGAGGCAUACCGUAGUGGACACCUUUUUCGGGUAUGACGAGGAGUCGAUGGAUUCCGAGUCUUCGUCAGUCGCCUCCUUCCGCACGGAUAGGACGCCGGCCACUCCAGAUGAAGACCUGGAUGAGGGUUUGUCCAUGGAGGAGUCGGAGCUGCGUUUCCGACAACUAACGCGGGAGUACCAGGCCCUGCAGCGAGCCUACGCCCUCCUGCAGGAGCAAAAGGGCGGCAUGCUGGAUGCAGAGAAGGAGGCCAAGGAACACGAACAACUCCAGACUGACCUUCAGAGGUACAAGGCCAAAGUGGAGGACCUGGAAAAGGAGCUCACCCUGAAAGGGCAGGACUCCAGAUGGGUCGAGGAAAAGCAGUUAUUCCUCAGACGGAAUCAGGAACUUCUAGACAAGGUAGAAAAAGUGGAAGGAGAAAUUGUCAAAAUCCAGCAGGAGUUACAGGACUCCAGGGACCAGAAUGAGCUCCUGGAGUUCAGAAUACUAGAAUUAGAGGAGCGGGAAAGAAGGUCCCCUCCGUUUAACCUUCAGAUUCAGCCUUUCUCAGAGGGUGUCAGUGCUCUUCAGAUCUACUGUAUGAAGGAAGGUGUGAAGGAUGUCUGCAUUCCUGAUCUGAUUAAGUCGCUGGAUAUUCUUGGAGAUAAUGGGAAUUUGCGCAAUGAAGAGCAAGUGGCCAUAAUUCAAGCAAGUACAGUCCUCUCACUGGCAGAAAAGUGGAUCCAGCAGAUAGAGGGCACGGAAGCAGCCCUCCACCAGAAGAUGAUGGAUCUGGAGAUGGAAAUGGAAAUGUUCUGCAAACAGAAAGGUUACCUUGAGGAGGAGCUGGACUACAGGAAGCAGGCCCUAGACCAAGCCUACAUGCAAAUCCAAGAGCUGGAGGCCACGUUGUACAACGCGCUGCAGCAAGAGCCCGUGGUGCAAUAUGGCGAGGCGCUGAGCGAGCGACAGAAGGACGAGCUGCGCAUGGCUGUGGGGAAGCUGCGCCGGCAGAUGCUGAGGAAGAGCCGCGAGUACGACUGUCAGGUGCUGCAGGAGCGCAUGGAGCUGCUUUACCAAGCCCAGCAGAGAAUCCGAGAUCUUGAGGACAAAACCGAUAUUCAGAAGAGACAAAUUAAGGAUUUGGAGGAGAAGGCCCUACGGCAGCGUGAGGAUACUGGACACAAGGACAGUAGUUUUAAAUCUUACAUUGAACCUAGCCUUGUUUACAGCUUUCGUAUGUACGUAGCAGAAGCUACCUGCCGCUGGAUUCUAAUAAGCCAUUUGCUGGAUGACCACUGGAGAUUCUGCACGUUUCCUCGGAGACCCUUAACUUACACGUUAUGCUGCAUUUGGAUUACUCACGGGGACUUUUUACUUUUAUGGAACUAACACAAGCCACAACGUGAAUACAGCCAGUAGAAUUAACCCCCAUCUUAGAUAUGUGAGGCAAACCAAAGAUGGGAACACCUUAUCUCUGCCGUGCAGGGGAACACCACAAGACUCAACACCAUCGUCUCGACGUUGGAAAAUCACGAUCGGCGUAUCUGUACAAGGACAGACCCUCUCCACCCGUCUCGCCCGAGUCCGCCGGCAAAGCCCGGUGAGACACGCAGGGAGGAGGGAACACGUUGGGGCAAAAGAACGGAGAAAGAUCUGUGUCGUCUUAAUAGAUCUAAUCGAAAGACAGUCACAUUAGUCAAUUCCUAACUUUGAUCAAAUACACUUUUUUUCUUAAAAAAAGAAAAAAAUGGGGAAGCCACAGGCCAAAAGGAUUUACUUGCCCUUUUUUUUUUUGUUUUAACACUAUACUUUUGUUACCACAGUCCAAGACUGAUCUCCCACUAUGGUGUAUACAUUGUUGAUAAUUACAUGGUAGCGUCUCUUGAUUUCGUGUAACUUUUGCUGUGAAUACUCCCACACUAUGCAGCUGAGAGCGUACACUCACAAUCACUAUUUUGUAGCAGCACCAUUGGCUGUUUACUGUGCGGACGGCUGCGGUCGGACUUCUGUCCUCCAGGAUUUAGAACUGCAAAUGAAUUGUCCUCUUCGCUCCCUUCUUCAUUCUCUUCACUUUCCCUUCAGAAAUUGUACCCCACCUGCCAGACUUGGGGUCACAUACAUUAGCACUUAUAUGCAUCAAACUUCCUCUCCAGUGUCUGCUGUUACUUCAUUCUGAAAUGAAUGCAUUUGCAUUUUACAUAACUGAGAACAACGUAAUAUGUUUGGACAGUGUUUAAUACUUCAUGCCAAUUUUUUGCAAUAAUUCAAACCCAAAAUUGCCCUCUUCUUACAAAAUUAAUCUGGAUAGGAAUCGAAAUCGUAUUACUGUUAAAAUAUUCUUAAGACAGAAAAAUGUUAACAUGCUCAGCAUAUCGGAUGGAAGUAUGCGAGACAGUCCUUCAUAUGUUGCAUGCUGUAGGGAAAUUGGGUUCCCAUUAAAUUCUGCACUCUUACUGGUAAGCUGUGAGCUUCUGAACGUGCAGCACUUUUCUUCUGUGUCAUUAUUACAAAUGAUCAAGGUGGGUUUCUGUUUUUAGGGGUUGUUUUAAUAAAGGUACAUUCACAGAAGGAUAGGAGUACCAUUACAGUAAGUCAGAUUCCAGAAAUCGAAUAUCAUAUAGCUGAUGCUUUUCUCUAAAGCUACCACCAAUAAUUUUCUCAUUUGUACAGAUGGG